UCGUCUCACGUUAUUACGUUAAUGGUUAGGCGUUAGUCGUUAGCAAGUUACUACUUUUUAAGUUUAGUAGCUACUAGCUUCUAAUGUAGAUCACAAAUUGGGUGGACAUAACGUAAUUUGGCACCCUAUGAUUUGAUUUUUACUUACUUACACGAUGAUUUCAAUACUGGACCAGUUUGAACAGGGAGAUGAAAGCACAUUUAAAAUUGCACCAACGUCCAAGCAAUUGCUUGAUGAAAGUUUUGAUAGAGAUGCCGACCUCGGAGGAAUACCCAUAUUGACCAAGAAGAAAGUCAACUUCUCUCCAAGUGAUAAGAUUACUCAAUUACUGGUAAACAAUGAAUAUGUGGUAUUAGUCAUGGUCAAUAAUGUGUUGCUGCGAAUAAACUUAAAACAGGAUAAUAUUGAAGAAAUUGAUACAUUGAAAACUUCAUCUUUAAAAGUGAAGCAAUUAUUCUUGGAUCCCUUCGGAGAACAUUUACUUAUUUCAUGUGGUAACAUAACUAGUUCUCAGCUUUUUUAUGCAACUAAACAACUGUCCAAACUCAAACCUGUAGGCAAAUACCAGGGGUCAGAAAUAACAUCUGUAGCAUGGAACUAUGAUCGUAAGGUGAAAUCUACGUCCAGCACAACUGGGCCCAUAUUGCUUGGAAAUUCAUCUGGUACAAUAAUCGAAACACAACUAGGAACAGAGUUUGAUAGAUUUUUUCAAGGCAGUGUAGUUCAAUAUUGGAAAGAGGUGUUUGAUAUAAGUAAAGGACAUCCUAUUCCUAUAAUUGGCCUCCAAUAUCACAGAGUUGGAAAAUCGRAUUUAUUUUAUAUAUUAGCAAUUACACCUACAAAAUUGUAUCAAUUUGUUGAUUUCAUAUUUAAUAAAGAUGAAAGACCGAUGUUACAACAAAUAUUCAACAAUUAUUUGACUAUUCCAGAACGCUUUUACGAAGUCCCGACUGUAGUGAAACAUAGCAAAUUACAUUUUUAUUUCUUAGACAAUGAUUUUACGGUUCCAAAAUAUUUUGGAUUUCUUACCGAGUUAGGAGUAUUUGUUGCUGAGGUAGAUAUAAACAAAGAUGAUAAAACAGUAUUUAGCUCUCAUGAACUCAUUGAAUAUAGUCGUCUGUACGGAAGAGAUGAUGAUGAUUUCAGUGUACCAAUAUCAAUGACAUUUACGCGUUAUCAUGUAUUGUUGUUGUUUCCAGAAAGAGUUAUUGCUGUUUCUUUAAUAGCUCCUGCAGAUCGUAAUGCAUCUCAAGUGAUGGAUGAAGAUUAUUGUUCUGAUAGCCAUGGUAGACUGUUAAAUAUAACUAAAGAUCUGAUGACUGGAACAAUUUGGUUGUAUGCAGAGCGUGCUGUUUUUAGAUAUAAAAUGGUUAAAGAAGAUCGCCAUGUKUGGAAAGUGUAUCUGGAUAAAGGAAUGUUUGAAGAAGCAAAAGAAAUAUGCAUUAACAAUCCUUACAGGAUGAAUCAAGUGUUAGUUAGACAAGCAGAACAUUUUUUUAAUUCAAAACAGUACGAAAAUAGUGCACUGAUAUAUGCCAAUUUAAAUAUAUCAUUUGAAGAAUUAGUGUUAAAAUUUUUACAUUUAAAUGAAAAAAAACCAAUUAAACUAUUCCUUAUGAAAAAAUUAGAUAGUUUAAAGUCACAGGAUUAUACUAAAAUCACAAUGAUUACUUUGUGGUUGAUUGAGUUGUUYGCUAAUGAAUUAGCUAUACUUAGAAACUAUAAACAAGAAAAAUCACAAGAAUAUACUAUGCUGCAAGAAUCAUUUCAGCAAUUUUUAUCUAGAUCCAUCAUUCAAGAUUGUAUACGUAAAAAUUGGGAAAGCAUAUAUGAUAUAUUAGCUAGCCAUGGGGAUGUGAACUUUAUGAUUUGGUUGGCACUUGAAAAUCAAGAUUAUAAGCGUGUUAUUCAGCAUUAUUUAAAUGAAGAAAAAAUUGCAGAGGCGUUAACAUUAUUGGACAAUCAUCCAUUCAGUGAAUUGUUUUAUACGUUUUCUUCUGACCUUGUUGAAAAAGCCCCGGCACAAACUGUAUCUAUUUUGAUAAAACAAGGACAAAAAUUAGACCCUUUAAAGGUCAUCAAUACAUUGAUAAUUCCAAAUCCAAGUGAAAGACUAGCUUUAGAAAUWAUCAGAUACUUGGAGUACAGUAUACAUUGCUUGAACUGUCACGUGGAAUCUGUACACAACUAUUUGAUAUCACUCUACAUCAAGCACAAUAGAGACAAACUUAUGAAUUACUUAAAGCUACAAGGUCGAGAAAUAACRGCUGUGAGCUACAACCCGGAAUUCGCUCUGCGGUUGUGUCGUGAACACCAAUUAGGAGAAGCAUGCGUACAAUUGUCCAUUGUCCUGGGUCUAUGGGAAGCUGCAGUGGAUUUAGCAUUGAMAAUCAGUGUUGACUUGGCUAAAACCACAGCUUCGUUGCCUAAUAACAACAUGGACUUAUCAAAAAAACUUUGGCUAAAAAUCGCACAAUAUGUAGUGAAACAAAAUAAUGACAUAGAACAAGCUAUGCGUUUCUUGGAAGARUGCAAGUUUAUAAAAAUUGAAGAUAUCUUACCGUUUUUCCCAGAUUUUGUAACAAUUGAUCAUUUUAAAGAUGCUGUGUGUUCGUCUCUUGAAGAAUACAAUAAGGAUAUACAAAAUCUCAAGGAAGAAAUGGAAGAUGCUACUAAAUCAGCUGAAGUAAUUAAAUCUGAAAUUUUGUCAUUUAGAAAUGGAUACAUGUUAAUCCAACCAUCAAAUGAGUGUAGCAGUUGUCAAGAACAAUUAGUGACCAAAGCAUUCUAUACGUUCCCUUGUUCACAUUGUUUUCACGCAGACUGUCUGAUCAAAGAAAUGCAACCAUUUGUUAAUCCUAGUAUAAUAAACACUGUUAAGGAAUUACAGAAUCAGCUCAGCACUUUGUAUCAAAACAACAAAGACAUAUCACAGUCAUUGGAAGUAAUAAAUCGUCGCGAUAAAAUCAAAGAAUCCUUAGAUAAAUUAUUAGCAGCGGAAUGUUUUUUCUGUGGCGAAAUUAUGAUAAGUCUUAUCGAUAAGCCUUUCAUAGAAGAUGCCGAUUUCGAAAAUAUAAAACAAGAAUGGGAAUAAAAUAAUCUAUAUAAUAUUAUUUACUCUUACACUUUUUAAGAUAUAACCGUGUGGAACAUUGUGAAUAUACCUAUUUAUUGUUUUUAUUUUUAUUCACACCAAUAAUUAAUCUAA